AUGGAUCUGUUCCGGGGCAAGACACUGCUCAAGAAAGACGGUACGACCAUCUCGGCUGACGCCUCGCUGCGGAACAAGAAGCUCAUCUGCAUCUUCUUCGCGGCUCAGUGGUGCCCGCCGUGCCGCGUCUUCGCGCCACUUCUGGCCGAGGCCUACCGGACGGCCAAGGACGAGGGACUUCCCAUUGAGGUAGUGUUCGUGUCGUCGGACCGAAGCCUUCAGGACAUGACCACCUCCUUGAAGGACCACGAGGACUGGCCUUCGCUUCCUUACGGUGACGCGCUGCAGACCGCUCUCAGGGCCCGCUACAAGGUCGCCGGCAUACCUACGCUGGUGGUGGUCAAGGCGGACGGAGCGCUGGUGUGCGCCAAUGGCAGGGCCGACAUCCAGACCAAGCGCUCGCAGGCAUUCAAGGACUGGCUGAGUUACAUAUGA